GCAGCAUCAUUUGUGGACGUCUGUACCCGGCCGAAUCCUCGACAGCUCCCACAAACAGCAAGCCACGAUGGCUCGCGCCUACGCGGGGCAGGGUAAUCCCUAUGGCCCCGUGUACAUGCUGUCGGGUCUGCUGACGAUUGGCUGCGCCAUCGCCAUACUGGUUAUCGUCAACUCCUACCUCUGGUACACCACUUACUACUAUGGAGGCUACAUAUCUUACUGGACCAACACCUGCUACGUGCCAUCUCUCCCUCGCAGCGUUGCUUGCCGCAAGAUGCAAACGCCAGACAGCCAGGACAGUGUCAACAUCUGCUACUAUUCCUGGGCCGCCGCCGGCGUGGGCCUCUUCUUCUCCCUCUGGCUCUUCUUCAUGCAGCUGUGCUCGGGUCGCAGCCGCCACAUCCCCGUGUGUGAGGUCAUGGUCUGCCUGCUGGCCACGCUGUGGUGGAUCGGCUGCGCCGUCACAGGCAUGGUAUACGGCCAGAACGCCGACGACUACGGCAACACAAACGACUCAGCGUACGCGCAGGUGCUCAAGGACAAGCAGGGCUGGCGCACAUCCGUGUGGGCGCUGGCCUGGGCCCAGAUGGGCAUCUUUGCCCUCUGCUUCCUCAUGUCCCUCAAGGACUGCGCCUCCAUGCGCGGCAAGCCGCCGCCCAGCCAGCCCGCGCCGCCGCAGGGCGCGUACCCCACUGGGGCCUACGCCCAGCCCCAGUACCAGGCCCCCGCCGGCGCCUACCAGCAGCCGCCGCCGUCCUACUACGGCGCGCCGCCCGGCGCGUACGCUGCGCCCCCGCCGGGCGCCUACCCGCCCCCCAGCGGCUACCCGCCCGCCCCCGGCUACCCGCCCGCCGGGCAGCCCGCCUCGCCCUUCUCCAGCACCUAGGAAGGUGGCGGCGCGGAGCGCAGGCGGCCCCAGCUGCGCCUCCAGUAGCCAAAGUAUUGGUCUGCUGUACGGGGAGGGGUCCCUGCCGCCCCGCCGGCUCCUCCAGGCAGGCAGAGCUGCAGCAGGCCAGCUGCCAACUCCCUGAGAUCCACCCUCUCGAGUUUGACUGGUUGACCCCUCUCCAAUCACGGUGCUGACUAUUCGUAGUGCAUGGGUGGGUGCCUAUGCCUCUCUUUCGCUGCCAUGCGCUCUUUUGGGCCGGGCUGCCGGGGCAGCCCUCCAUGUUUGUUUACUUUGUUUGAGGUUUUGUAAUGCGCUUGGCACAUCAUGUGCAUGGUGCGUCGCCCCGUUAGAGCCAAGCUAUGGCGAGGUGGGAUGUUGGCUACAGUGGCAGCUGUGGCGUGGGGCUAGAUUCCGGCAGCGAUGUGUACAAGCAGUUGCCGAACGACCAUUGGGGCAGCAAAGGAAUGCAUAGGGUCAGGCAUGGGAAACAAUAGCGAGUUGGGAAUGUGUACGGGAAGUCUGACGGGCAUCGAGAGGCGCCACCUGCUGCCGAGCAAGGCGCAGCCGCAGCGCUGGGCAGCACAAGGCCGCCCCCCAGCUGGCCGAGCGCUCAGGUGCCCAUGCCACCGCCCAGGUUGAGCGCCCUUAGAUCCGCCUCCACCUGCGCCAGCAGCGCCGCCUUGUCCCGCUUGCGCAGCCCGCCGCUCUCCGCGAUGCACGCCGUCAGUGCCAGCACCUG